AUGCUGCGCUCCGUCUUCCGCAGCGCUCCUCGGAGCUUCGCCCGCCUCGCCACAACCACCACCCGCCAAGCAUUCACGUCUCCCAUCAAAUCAAGAAUCAUCUCACAAGCACCCCGAACCGCCUCAGCCUUCUUCUCAACAACCCCUUCCCGCUUCGACCAACCCAGCCAAGAGCUCGCCGCCAAGCUCGAAAGCGAAAUCGACAUCGAAGCCCAAGAAUCCAACACCCAAGCAGGCUCAGACUCCAACGUCGAGUCCUUCAUCGCCGAGAACCCCUUCUGGGAGAUCCAGGACCGGGCGGGCGAGCAGGAUGUCUACCUGACGAGGAAAUACGAUGAUGAGACUAUUACCGUGCACUUCAGCAUCUCUGAGUUCAACAGCCCGUCUGAGGAGUGGGGUGAGGAGAUGGACCCCGCGAUGGCUGAUGAGGAGGAUAUGGAUUUGCAGAGCGGCGGGGCGAACACCAAGGGUGCUAUAAACCGUGGAGGGACCGCGAACCAGAACUUCAAGGUUGCGCCUGAGGAUAGCAUUGCGCCAGCUGAUCGGGAGGAGUUGAGAGAUGAGGAGGACGACCAGCCAUCUAGCCCCGCUUUCCCCGUUCGCGUUUCCGUCCUCGUCCAGCGCGCCGGUAAGGGCUCCCUCAAGUUCAUCUUGACCGCAUCCGAAGGCGACAUCAUGAUCGAGCACCUCAUCCAACUCCCACAGUCCCUCUCCAGCAACGCCGCCGAGCUCCUCCGCAACCACCCAGAGAACCUUUACACCGGCCCACCAUUCCAGCAGCUCGACGAGGACGUUCAGCAGAUCCUCGAGCAGUACUUGAGCGAUAGGGGUAUCACCACCGCUCUUGCGACUUUCGUGCCUGAUUACAUUGAUGUCAAGGAGCAGAAGGAGUACCUCGGCUGGUUGAGGAGGGUCAAGGAGUUUGUCGAGUAA